UCUGGCCGUGACAGCAAGGGCCAAAGAAUCAUGGCUAUGGUACCAGCACGUGGUUUAGCCACUACUGUUGUUGCUGAUCGUGGAUUCAUGUGGGAAGUACCUGACAAAUGGUCUCUGGAGGAGGCAGCGACCGUCCCAGUCGCAUAUGCCACCAGUUACUACGCCCUCUGCGUUAGAGGUGGCUUGAAACCCGGCGAUAGUGUCCUA